AUGGGACCGUGGUCCCAGCUCUCGUGGAGCUACAUGAUUCUAUCUACACUCAUUACUCCCUGUCUCUCAGCUGUCAUCACAAUCAGACCAUUCGAUUACUCCGCCAAGGCCCGCCGUGAUUACGAUCUGCCAGUCUGCAGUGCUGACAGCUACCUUCACGCCCGCGACGGCGCCGAAAUCGUCCCUGCUUCAACCAAAAACGGCGUGUCGUUGAUUGGACAGACCGAAUUAUCUUCUUUGUUUGGUAGACAGGUUGUUGGUGGCGAAGACUAUACCUGUGGUCCUGAUCGGCCCUGCAAGAACAAGGCUUGCUGUCCAAAAAAGACGGGCCAGUGCAACUAUGGCGAAGAGGCCUGCGGCACUUCAGGCAUUUCUCCGAAUGAGGUGUGCUGGUCCAACUGCGAUGCCAAAGCAGAGUGCGGUAAAAAUGCCAAGGUCCCGGGUCAGAAGUGUCCCCUCAACGUCUGUUGUGGCAAAUGGGGUUUCUGUGGAAUGACAGACGACUUCUGCGAAAAGGAAGACCAUGGAGCUACAGGCGGAUGCCAGUCCAACUGCGACCAGCCAGGCCCCAAGAACAAGGCUUCUGACCAGCUCAGCCGUGUCAUUGGAUAA